AUGAAAAUCUUCACUCUAAUCAUUCUUGCUUAGAUUGCUAUAGUUUUACAUGGAGAUAUCUGCUUUGAAAAGAAACAAUUUCCAAUGCAUUUCUUUCCAUAAAUAAAUGAUUAGCAGACUUAAAUUACUUAGAUUCAAGUAUUACAGGAUUCUGGAAGUAUUUUGUUCGGAGGAUACUAUGAAUACAGAAGUUAAGCAUAUAAAUUCCCAUUUCUUGGAUACUAUUAUAGCUCUACAAAUCGUAAUAGACUCAAAUGGUUUUAGAUAUAUUACGCUCUUGACACUAAUUCAAAUAGUUUAAUUGCUGAAGUAUAUUCGUUUGAUGUAAAAUAAUAUAAGAUAGCAAUAAUCUUUACUAACAUUAAUGAUUAAACCAAUGUAUUUGCUCUAUUACACUUAAAUGAUGGUACUGUAAUUUCAGCUCUAACUUUUUAAAACACAUAUUACGAUGUCUUGCUUCAAUAAGUAGUAAUAGGAGAAUAAGACUUCAUCUAUAUGAUUCAGUUUGAUUAAGCAUAAAAUAGCAUCAUUAAACUGGAAAGCGAUUUGUCUCGUGUUUUGUGGUCAGUAUAUAUCUAGCUAGCAAAUAAUUUAUAACUUGAACCGAAGUCAAUAAUAUUCCAAGAUAGUGAAAUAAUAAUCGCAGGGAUAUUAGCAGCACCCAACAAUAAGGCUUAUUCAGCAAAUAUAAAACUAUCAACCUCUGGUGCCAUUAGCUCUUAAAUUGAUUACGAAGUAGGUGGAACUUGGAAUGAGAAAAAUGGCUUAGAAACUUUCUAUUAGUACGCUGACACAAAUAAUGAUCUCCUAAUAGGAUGCAUGCAAAAAACUGAAGUAUUUUAUUUCGCUGUUAAUGCAUUUGGCUUUUACAUACUUUAACUCUCAACUUUAGGUUUGAAGAUCUCCUAAUUUGCUAGCAGUGCCACUUCGGCCUUUAUUUGCAAUGGGAUUUUUACUACUUCUACACAUAUUGAGAUUUUUUUUUAUUUCAUCUAAUCUUACUCACUUUUUAGAAUUCAGAUUCCUAUUUAAACAUUAAGUGCACCUGCUACUUACAUUAAUACAGGUUUAUAGUUCACCUAUCGAUCUGGAUAUCAUUUGUAUUCAAGAAGAAUAUUCUAAUAUUAAACUGGUUUCUUUUUAGGAGGUUAAAUAGAAAGUAGUACAAAAUUUCAUGCAACUCUUAUAGCUUAUGAUUUACCUAAUAAUUUUUUUGUAUCCAAGCAAGGAGUUUUUCCAUAUUCAGAUUGCUCUGACCGGAUUGCACUUGAAUUCGUGGUUAAUUCAGUAUCAAGUUAGCAGGAAAUUAGCAGAUUUCUAUUAACAGGAGUAGCUCCAAUCAAUCUUAUACUGACAAAAUAGAACUCAUUCGAAUAUGUGGUUGGAGAAGAUCCCAUAACUUUUAUUCUUCUCCUGCCAAUUUUAAGUGAGCCAACAUGCUUAUUGCAAACAGAGUAUAAAUUAUCAUCAUAAAAAAAUGAUUUCUCAAACUUUAUUGAAUUUGACCAGCAAAAUUUGUGUUUUAAGAUCUAUAAUUCUGCUAAUAACUCAUAGCUAGAAUAUAAAACUUACUUGAUGCAACUUACUAUCAAAGCUUAAGUUAAUGCUUAUACAACUCAAACUAUAAUUUUAGCGUAACAAGCAAAUUUUAAGAUUAGAUUGAAGAGAAAUAUUUAGCUAUAAUAGGCUCCAAAAUUUGAAAAAAAUCUUGAGAGUAAUCAGAUAUUUACAGGUUAAAAAUAUAUUUACCAAUUACCAAGAGUUAUUUAUGAGCAAGAUGAAUAGUAUUUGAUAGCUUAUGAAUCUUUAAUUUAAGCAGAAAAUUUCACUUAAUUUGACCUUGGGAAGUUUGAAUUUUAUCCCUUGCUAGAUAGCGACGCUGGAAUCUAUCUAUAUCAAGUAAUGGUAUUUCUUAUUGAUGAUCCUGAUUUCAGCAGCACUUUUACAUUUAAUUUAGAGGUUAAAGCAAGAAAUAUUAAUGGAAUCAAUUAGCUAUUAUAUAGCAUCUAAGAUUACUAGAAAAUAACAGAAUCACCUGAGAAUCUCAAAGCAAAGAUAAAAAUGAUUGAUCAAUUAGGGAGCAUUCAAAUAAAAUUCGAGAAGUAAAUAUUAAAAUACGAGAAUAUUAGUCUUUUUAUCUAAGAUUAUUUGCAUAUCAAUUUGAUUAGUCAAAUUUCACAGAAAGCGAUUAAAUUAGACUAUAAUAUGAUUAGUUUCUUUGCUGAUGAACUCCACCUUUAGUUGCUAUUUACGAAUAUUGAUAGAGAAACUAUUUCAAAAUCAAAUGUAAUUCAAUAUAUUGUUAAAUUAAACUUAGAUUGA